AUGAGAUCAAUACGAAGGAGAUCCCCGUACCGGCUGUUUACCAGCGCCUUCGUCCUGCUUCCACUGUUGCUGCUGCUGCUGCUGCUCGACGCCAACCAUCUCGUUCGCGCACUCCGAUGCGACCGCUCGCCCGAAGGUUCCGGUGCCAACAAAUCGCCCGCCGAUGGACGCUUCCGGCUGCGCAUAUCGGGCAAUCCGGAGAAGUACGUGCCGGGCGAAUCGUACACCAUAAGUCUCGUUGGCAUACGGUCGAUGCAGGUGCCGCACAAGUUCUCCGGCUUCUUCCUCGCGGCCGAGAAGGACUUUUCGCUGGUGCGCGGCGAUGCACCACCGUCCGGUGUGCAUAAUGUCGGUACGUUCCAGCUGUCCGGUGAUGCACUGACCAAGUUUAGCGAGCGCUGCCCGAACGCGGUUACACAGACGAACUCGUUGCCCAAGAGCGAGAUCCAGGUGAACUGGAUAGCGCCACCGGCCGGCAGCGGUUGCAUUGCGAUACGGGCGACGGUGGUCGAACAUCGGGACGUUUGGUACAUGGACGACGGGCCGUUGAGCAAGAUCUUCUGCGAGGAUGAGGCGGACUCGGUGGACACACAGCCGCCGGUGCUGAAGGAAUGUUGCGCCUGUGACGAGGCCAAGUACGAGCUGACGUUCGAAGGGCUCUGGUCGAGACAUACCCAUCCGAAAGAUUUCCCUUCCAAUGGGUGGCUCACGCGAUUCAGCGAUGUGAUCGGAGCGUCCCAUACGGUGGACUAUCGGUUCUGGGAGUACGGACAGGUGGCCAGCGAAGGAUUAAAGCAGGUGGCCGAGCACGGUUCCACACGGAUGCUGGAAAGUGAGCUCAAAAAUCAGAGCGAUAAAAUCCGUACAAUAAUUAAAGCACGCGGCAUAUCGUAUCCCAAUGUGACCGGGAAAACAUUCGCCGUGUUCCGCGUCGAUUCCAACCACCAUCUCGUGUCGAUUGUGUCGAUGCUCGAUCCAUCGCCCGACUGGAUCGUCGGCGUUUCCGGGCUCGAACUGUGUCUUACCAACUGCUCCUGGAUCGAGAACAAAAUUCUCAACCUUUACCCCUGGGAUGCCGGUACGGACAGUGGCCCAACGUACAUCUCGCCCGACCAACCGACAAAUCCGCCGGAAGUGAUCCGACGCAUUAAGUCCAACUACCCGAACGAUCCGCGCUCACCGUUCUACGAUCCAUCCGGCACGGAGAUGAAACCGCUCGCCCGGAUCUAUCUGUCCCGGCAGCGGCUGUACGAGAAGAACUGCGACGCGGACAACGAGGAGGAGAACGAAACGAAGCAGGCGUGCGAAACGGAACCGUGGUCCGACUGGACGGAUUGUAGCUCGCGGUGCGGCAAGGGCAAGCAGACACGGCGCCGCAUCUACAAGCACCCGAUGAAGGCGAAGCAGGCGGAGUGCAAGAAGAAGCUGUUCGAUAGACGUCCGUGUGUCGGGACGGAUCGGGAUUGCGAUUACAACAGCCAGGAGAUUGAGGAAGCGUACCAGAGCGAUCCGGAGUGUGAGGUGACCGAAUGGGGGCCGUGGAGCGAGUGCAGCUCACCGUGCGGCAAGGGCAACAAGACGCGUUCGCGCAAGUACAAGAAGAAGGGCGCCCGGAAGAAGUGCGAACGUCUGCCAAAUCCACCGAUGCUCCAGCAGACCGUAUCGUGCGAUGAGGACUGCGGUGGUGACAUAUCCCAACCCGUACUAAGCUCGGACAUCAAUCCCAAGUGCAAAAUGACGCAGUGGUCCGAGUGGAGUCCGUGCAGUGUGACGUGUGGGUUGGGUCGCAAAAUGCGUACCCGCAUGCCCAUCAACAAGAACAUGCGGGUGCACCACAAGCGGUUCGUGAGCUACUACAUGACCCGCCGCCGGAUGACGGCACUGGACGAGGAGGAGGACAGCGAGGAGGAGGACGGUGGCGAGGAUAACGAUCUGCACAUUACGGACCAGAACGACCCGUGCUACGGGGUGGAAACGGUGGAGGAAGUUACCUGCGGCCAUGAUUUGCCACCGUGCGACGGGUUGUACGGAGUGCCAGAGCUCUGCUUCUUGGAACCGAAACCGGGCAACUGCCGCGACUCGCAGACACGCUGGUACUUCGAUAGCGAUAAGAACGACUGCUCGAUACUGUUCUUCACCGGGUGUGGCGGCAACAAUAACAACUUUAUGUCUCGCGAGGACUGUCUCGACACGUGCAGUAAAGACCGUAAAUUUACCAACAUUCCGAUACGGGACCAGAUCAGCACGAACAGUGCGAGCGGUUCCGACUACGGUGCGGAUCUGAAGCAAGACUGCAAGACUUCCCACUGGAAGCGUGGGCCCUGCAACGCCACCUGCGGCGAAGGUUCCCGCGUUAAGAGCCGCACAAUACUGGUGCAUCCCUCGAACGGUGGACAACGGUGUCCCCGGAAGCUGCGCAAGGUCGAGCGGUGUUUCGUGCACUGCGAUUCAUCGCGCCACGACACGAAUCCCUCGUGGGGUCCCAGCACCCGGUACGAGCCGGAACCGAUCGAGUGCGAGUACUCGGCCUGGUCGGCGUGGUCACCGUGCAGCAAGACCUGCGGCGACUAUGCCGUACAGCAGCGUACCCGGUACGUGCUCAAUCCCGAGAAUGCCCGGUUCUGUCCGCACCGGCUCGAGGAGCGGAAAUGUGAUAUCAUGCCUUGCCUGUUGGGCAAAUAG